AUGAGAAAAUCGAUACCCAACCAUCUAAGCAAUCGGAUAUAUCUCCAGCUCAUCAGACAAAUACCCAGUUCCCCAGACAGAUACCCAGCUCCAACGACAAGCUCAGUUCCCCGGGCAGAUCCCCAUCUCCAACGACAAGCUCAGUUUCCCGGGCAGAUCCCCAGCUUCUCAGACAGAUCCCCGGAUUCCAGACAGAUCCCCAGCUCCCCAGACAAAUUCCCAGAUCCCCAGACAGCUCCCCAGCUCCCCAGAUAUAUCCCCAGCUCCCCAGAAAUGUCCCCAUGCAGCUCCCGGGGCCCAGUUCCCGGGAUAUAUGUCCAGCUCCCCAGACAUAUUCCCAGCUCCCCCAAGCAUAUUCUGAGCUCGCGACAUAUUCCCAGCUCCCUAGGCAUAUCUCAGCUCAGAUAUAUCCCCAGCUUCUCAGAUCCCAGUUCUCCAGACCCCUCAGGUUUUGAAAACAUUCCGCGGCCACUGACACUGAUCAAAGAGGACGUAAGAGACUUGAUCAAGGUCAAAUCUGAGGUGGCGGAGCGAAGCGUCUUGGUGUUAUAUACAAGUGGUACCAUAGGAAUGAAGGCGGGGGAAAAUGGAUAUGAACCGGAAGCGAAUUAUCUAUACAACGAGCUCAUUGAAAGUCCCUUGUUUCACGACCGAGAGUACGCUCUAAGGCAUGGCAUAACCCUAGACAAUAUGGAGGAAUUAUCCUCCUCUCUGUACCUCCCGACCCACAAAGGUACGGCUGUCUAUCUUGUGUCAUAUCUUACAUUCCUCAGGGCUUCAGAGAACGAGAUCUUUUGGGAAUGUUAUGACAAGUACGACGGCUUUGUCGUCCUUGACGGUACAGACACAAUGAUUUACACAGCAUCGGCUCUCUCCUUUAUCUGUGAGAACCUGGGCAAGCCCGUCAUUCUAACAGGAUCACAGAUUCCAAUAUUUAAAAUGAGGAGUGAUGGUCGAGAUAAUUUUCUCUCAGCGUUGAUGAUUGCCGGUCUCUACGACCUACCAGAGAUAAAAUCCCUUGUGAUGCUCUGCUUCAGUGAUAUUUACCGUGAGAGCCGUACUACUAAGAACGACACUUCCAGCUUCCGCGCUUAUGACUCUCCUAACUCUCCCCCGCUGGUCAACUUACAUAUAUUUGUCAAUGUGGACUGGUCUACAGUGUUCAGGAAUGGGGGUGUAAAGAAGUUCUCAACAAAAAUGUGCCAAAAUGUAGGGGUAUUUCGGCUUUUCCCAAGUAUUUCCGGAUGGUAUGUGCUCGUUUUCUUGGAACCUCCUAUACAGGGCGUGGUACUGCAGACGUGUGGGGCGGAAAAUGCUCCCCACGCCAGAGAGGAUCUUAUAACGCUCUUCAAAGAGGCCACAGCCCGGGGGAUUCUCAUACUCAAUAUAAGCCAGUGUCACCGUGGUGGUGUCGAGACUACAUAUGCCACGGGAAAGGCGUUACUCGAUGCUGGUGUCAUACCAGGAAGUGACAUGACCGCAGAAGCAGCUCUGACAAAGCUCAGUUAUGUCUUAGGGAAAUCCAAGUGGGACAUGCAAAGGAAACGAGAGAAAAUGAAGAAAAGUCUACGAGGGGAGAUGAAAGUGAUUCGCUCUGAAGUGUCCCUCAAAGAUAUUCAUCUGCUUCGAAGUUUGGCCAAAUCCAUGAGUUUAAGCACAUCACAGGAAAUCGUCCAGGUUCGGGAUGCUAUUUUCCCAACACUGAUGUGUGCUGCUGCUCACAGUGGUGACCUAAAGGCGCUGGAAAAGUUCCUGAAUAGCGGAAUUGAUAUAUCUGUUCCAGACUAUAACAAACGAACAGGUCUUCACGUCACCGCCUCUGAGGGCCAUUUGAACAUUGUCCAGUACUUCCUUAAGAACGGAGCGUCUGUCCACGCGAAGGACGGCGAGGGGAAAACACCCCUGAUAGACGCCAUCCGUGGGAAGCUUUUGGAAGUGAUACGUUUGUUGGUAAAGGCUGGAGCGAAAGUAUCAAUUCCGCUCACUAAACUAGCCAUGGAACUUUGUUGCGCUGCGUCGAUGGAGGACAUGCCAUUAUUAGAGGCCUGGUGUGAAGCGGGGGCGGAUAUUAACGUGUCAGAUUUUGACCUGCACACACCCCUUAAUGUAGUAAGUUCCUCACGCACUAUAGGCGUGCACUAUAAUUAA